AUGGGGUUAGUUACUGUUCACACCAAUAGGGGCGACACCAUUUGUGACGACGCUGUCGCCGCUAAUGGUGGCGAAAAUAUGAGCGGGUCGCAGAACCUGAUUAAUUUCCAGUUUCCAUUUCUCUCUCAUUUUUUUCGGCGACAACCAGGAAGCAUUUUCCGGCGAAUUUCAGUGCAUCCCACUUCUUCCGCCGGAGGGAUUUGCAGCUUCUCACCGGGUUUCAGUUGCUCCACCGGCGACUAUCACCACCUUAGCUCGCCACAGUCUCCGACGAACUUCUCCACCGGCGAAGGAGAUUUCUCUAAUCUCCGACUUUUAGAACCACCACAUCAACGCCAUUGUUGCCGCCUGUCUCCGUCGAUGUUAACUGUCUCCGGCGACAUCCACCGUCUCCGACGAACUUCUCCACUGGCUCCACUGUUUUAAGCUCUACAACCACAGGUGCGUUCAAUUUUUGUGUAUAUGUGUAUGUAUGAAUUUGAUAUAUGUUUGCAAGUUUAUUUUGUAUAAGGAAUUUGAUAUAUGUUUAUGUCUAUUUGAAAAUGUAUUUCAAGAAAAAGUGUUUGAUAUAUGUGUGUGUCUAUAUGUGUAUAUGUAUAUGCAUGUUUGGAAUAUGUAUAUGUCUAUUUGGUAUGUUUGGAAUGUGUAUAUGUCUAUUUGGUAUUUUGUAUAUGUGUAUUUGUAUAU